UGAGCCAACCAUCUACUUCAACUACUUAUUUCCUCUUCCUAUAUAUACACUCCUCUUUUCUCAAUUCUAGACAUCCAAUUUCCUACUUGAGCUUCCACCUCUCAAAUACCUUCACGUCCCAUUCAUCAAAAAAAAAAAAAAAAACACUCUUCUUUCUCAACAAAAACAUGUCAAAGGGAGAAGGAAGAAGCCGCAAGAAAUGCUUAGCAUACGUUGCAGCAUUCUUGGUGUUCCAAACGGCUAUCAUAUUAGUGUUUGCCCUCACAGUUAUGAAGAUCAAAAGCCCUAAGGUGAGGUUCAACGCCAUGGUUGUCGAAAGCUUCAGCUCCAACAACAACACCGCAACUUCCAUCAACAUGAGGCUGCUCGCUCAACUCACCAUCAAAAACACCAACUUUGGGCAUUUCAAGUAUGACAACGCCACGCUUGUCGUAUUCUACAAUGGGGUGCCACUCGGGGAAGCUCUAAUUCCCCGGGGCCGCACCAAGGCCAGAAAAACGCAGAGGUUCAACAUCAAUGUGGAUGUUAGCACAGACACACUAUCUGAUACUAACUUGGGAAAUGACAUCAAUUCUGGGAUUUUGAGGCUCAGCAGCCAAGCUAAAUUGAAUGGAAAGGUGCAUUUGAUGAAGAUCAUCAAGAAGAAGAAAUCUGGUCAAAUGAAUUGUGAUUGGACUGUCAAUUUGGGUAACAGGCAGGUGGAGAAUUUGAGAUGCAAUUAGUUAUAUUGUGAUCGUUAUGUUUUUGGACUUCAUAUUUUGAUUAAUUUGGGCUUGUCUCGAUAUUUUUCUUUUGUAUUAUUUGUUGAUUCCAUUGUUGUAGACUUGGAUUAUUUAUCUCUGUUUAUAUGUAUGAGUAUAGAAUUCAGCUCAGUUUUCAUAUUGUUAGAGUUUGGUUAUCAUUGAUUCGCUCUGUAUAAUACUUUUUGGAUUUAAGAUAUUAUAUUUAUAUA